CGACUCCCCAAGCUCUAACCUCGGAUUAUGCCUCGCGCAUGCAGACUGGGAUUACGCUGUUGAUGCAGCCGAUCCUGAACAACACCAGCGCGGUAGCAAACCCCUCUACGACCACUCGGUCCAGCAGGCGCGGUGCUGCAAUCAGCUAUGUCGAGCCCGGGUCCGACGUCGAUGACGACGUCUUAGACGCCGGCGCCAUCGACUCCGACGGUUCAGACUUCGUUGCUAGUGGUGGCGUGCGUAACUCAGUGCGCAACGCGCGGCAGCGCUUCCCCGGCGUGUCAAGCAGCACGCGUGCUCCUUCUGCCGCGCCCACACCACCUACCGACGAACUCGAUCGUAGUUACCUUGGUCAACCACCACCGGCUCGCCUUCUUCGCUCCCGCCUCAUCAACCUCACUCCCUACCCGCUCGUCCCCUCUGCCCGCGCCGAACAACAAGCCACGCUCCGCCCUUCCCUCAUCCCCAUACGCGUCGAGUUCGAGACUCCUACGCAUCGAAUCCGCGACUGCUUCACGUGGAAUCUGCGCGAGCAGAUACUCACUCCCGAAGCCUUCGGCGAGAUUUUCUGCCACGACCUUGACUUGAACCCCACCACAUGGUGCGGGACAAUCGCCGCGCAGAUCCGCGCGCAGCUGGAGGAGUGGGAAGGCGUGGCGUCGAUGGAUAUGGGCAUGGAUGCCGCGGACGAGCGAGGGGAGGAGGCGGAGUGCCGCGUGAUCCUCAGCAUCGACGUCCAGAUCAAUCACCACCACUUGCUGGACCACAUCGAGUGGGACCUGCUGUCGCCGCUUACGCCAGAAGCGUUCGCACGUGCGCUGUGCGCGGACCUGGGGCUGGGUGGGGAGGCGGUCGCCUUGAUUGCGCACGCCGUGCACGAGGAGCUCGUAAAGCACAAGCGCGACGCUAUUGAGUGGGGUAUUCUACCGCCGGCCACCGGAACAGAGGACUACGUCUACGAUCGCGGCGCCAUGCUCAAAGACAAGCGCGCCCUUGGAGGUCAGCGCAAGAUCGCACCUGUUCUCAAGAGUGUAUGGCGCGACUGGGCCGACGCCGAGGAGUGGCGGACACGGUACGAGGAACUGUCGCUGGAGGAAAUCGAGCGCAGGGAAGUCGAGCGAGAGCGCGCGAGCCGGCGUUUGAGAAGAGAGACGAGCAAGUUCCAGACGGCGAACAGGAGAUCACGAAGAUGAGAGCCGGGCCAAAAGUAACGUAUAUAUAUCUUUAUCUUGUAACCUAUCCCUUGCGGUAAUGGUCUUGUAGCAUCGGCGCCUCAGUGCCAACCUCAGCGCCUUUCCCUUCGCGAGCUCCCGC